AUGGCGGCCGACGCUGGAGCAGCUGGGGUGCAGCUGCUGGAUUCACGUGGAGUCGGCAAGGUGCCGGCGUUUUCGGGCAAGAGGGAGGACUUCGAGGAUUGGAUCUUCCCGUUCGAGUCCUACUGCGGUCUGCUGGGCUGGGCGGCAGGCCUGGACAGGUCGCGGGAGGCUGAGGGGCCGCUGACGGCGGAUGACCUCGGCGAGCAAGGAGUGCAGGUCGGCAGGAGCUUGUACCACCUGCUGGCGAGCACCACGAAGGGCACGGCGCAGAGCAUCGUCAAGCUCUGCCCACGAGGCGAUGGCUUCGAGGCGAUGCGGCGGCUGCACAAGGAGUACCGUCCGAGGCUGAACGAGGAGCACGGCCAGAUGCUCCAGCAGAUCUCAACGCCGCUGUGGUGGAAGGAUCGCGAAGGCAAGGAGCGCUUCACGGAGGUGCUCAUCGCCUGGGACGAGCUGAUCUCGAGGUACGAGCGCGCGACUGGAGAGCAGGUCGCGCAAAACAUGAAGACGAGCACGAUCAUGGGCCACGCGCCCGAGGAGGUGAAGAUCAUGCUACGCUCGGCGCAGCGCGAGGUGCGCAGCGACAUCGCGCAGAUGAGGAACUGCAUCUUCGAGGCGGUGAUCGGUCAGAGUGGGGUGGUCGCGAAGCCGCCGACAGCGAGCAAGGGGAGCAACGACAUGGACGUCGACGCGAUCUCCAAGGGCAAGGGCAAGGACGGCAAGGGCAGGUGCCAGAUCUGCCACAAGCCGAGCCACACGGCCCGCGACUGCUACUGGCGCGACAAGGGCAAGCAGAAGGGCGACGGAAAAGGUCGAGGAGCAGGAGCGGGAUCUAAGAGCGGAAAGGACGCCAAGGGCAAAGGCAAGGAUGGCUACACGUUCACGGGCAAGUGCGACUAUUGCCACAAGACAGGCCACAAGAAGGCGGACUGCAAGAAGCGGAUCGCCGAUGAAAAGGCCAAGGGAAAUGCGGCUAUCGAGCAGGAGGGCACGGACCCGAAUACGGUGGCCAAGAUAGUGUAUGCGGAGUACGAGUGCGAGAUCUGCGACGACGACCAGCUCUACUGCAUGGCGAUGAAGGCGGAGGAUCCCGAGACGGAGUGCUGCGGCAUGGAGGAGCUCGAGGAGACGACCUUCAUCACGCUGGACACGGCGAGCGACUGCCACGUGGGGCCGACUUGCUUCGGAGAAGGCUGCAGGAGAGGCGAGGAUCGCGGGCCGAGGCUGCUGGAUGCGCAGCGGAAGGAGAUCAAGAUGGACUCCAUUGCGACGGUGCCGAUGGCGGUUGCCGACGACUGCGAGCAGCCGAGGCUGCUGAAGGCGGAUUUCAGGUUGGGUGACACGGUAUCGAAGCCGAUCCUCUCGUUGCUGGAGGUGAUGGACAAGGGUGCCGAGUUCUGGCUGAGCGCGAAGACGGGCAUGUGCAUGUACCCUGGCGGUGACCUCAGCCAGGGCAUCCCGCUCGCCAGGAAGAACAACACGUUGGGCUUCAACCUGCGGCAGCGGAUCCAGCGCGAGAUGGAGCAGCUGAGGGCGCAGGAGGAGAGCGACUGGCUCGACAUCCUUCGCGUGGAGGACAUGCGGGCGAGGCUCAAGGAGAUGGGCCAACCUAUCUACGGCAGGAAGGACGAGCUGUUGUCUAGGCUCGGCGACGCGGAGCGGAGGCUCACGGCACACCACAUGAAGAUGAAGGAGCUGGAGCGCAGGGCGCCGUGGUGCGAAGCCUGCGUGCGAGGGAACGAGACGACCAAGCCGCACAAGACCCUCACAUUUGACCAGAAGAACACGGGGAAGGCGCAGAUCACCCUGGACUUCUGCUACCUGAAGACCAACGGGGACUGGACGGAGAUCGGAGAGGUGGAGCCGCCAGCGGCGGACAUCUUCGCGACGACGCUCGUGAUGGCGGACAGGGACACGCUGAUGUUCAACGCAGUCUCGAUGCCCACCAAGGCGGUCACGGACUACGCAAUAGCCAGCGCGAGCAGCUUCAUCGAGGGCAUGCAUCUCACGACGGCGGACAUCAAGACGGAUGGCGAGCCCACGAUCGUGAACUUGGUGGAGGAGGUGCGGAAGAAGCCGAACAAGAGCAUCAAGCUGGAGGAGAAGCGUGGGAACCUGAAGGACAGCCAGAGCAUGGGCGCGAUCGAGGCUCCGAUCAGAUGGUUUCAGGCGAAGGUGAGGACGCACAAGUUCGACUUGGAGAAGCGCUACGGCAUGAAGAUCACAGCGGACGCACCGAUUUGGUGCUGGCUUACGCGAUACGUUAGUUGGGCUACCUCUACGUACAGACCACGAGCCGAUGGGGGGACAUCCCAUCAGGCAGCCUACGGAGUGACAUACAACGGAGAGAUUCUCCUAUUUGGCGAGACGGCUCUCUUCAAGACCCCGAUCUCCCACGCGAGGCAGAUCACGACCACGUCGCUGAAGCGCAAGGGCGAGUCUAGUUUCGUGAAGGGCAUCUGGAUCGGGAAGCACAAAGAGAGCGACGACCGCUUGUUCUUGACGCCAGCAGGCUGGCACCGCGCGAGAACCUGCAGGCGGCUGGAGCCAGCGCUGCGAGCAGACGACAAGCUGAUGAAGGCAGUGAAGGCCCUACCCUGGGACGCUAGGAGUGCCAAGCCGUGCGAGCUACUGCCUAGGAUGCAGAGGCCGAUGCCCGCGAUCCUUUUGACGGCGGCGGAGCAGAAGGCGAAGACCGAGGCGCAGGAGGCAGCACGGGAGGCGGCGCCACCCCAGGGGGCGCCCGAGCAGGGGGCGCGGCCAGCUGCAGCAGCGAGCGCGGAGCCACCGUUAGCACCUGCGGGACCUGGAGUUGGAGCGGCAGCGGCGGCAAGGCCAGAUGAGAAGAGCACGACGGAUGCGGACGUGCCGAUGACGCCCCGAGGGCUGAUCAGACCUGCCGACGCUGAGGACUUCGGCGCACCAGGCAAGCGCGCGAAGCACGUGAACGCGGUCUCGCUCGACGACCCUAUCGACUACAGCAUCCUGGACAGGAUGGGCACAGACUGCUACGUGACGGUCAGCGGACUGGAGCCCGCGGUGGAGCUCAAAGGCAAGCGCGAAGCACUAGAGGUGCUGGCGCACUAUGGCGUGCACAGGGACACCCCGAGGAGCGAGAGCGGCGAGUUCAAGAAGAUCAGGGCGCGCUGGGAGCCGCAGAUGCGAGGAGGUGUCUGCAAGUGGCGGUAUGUGGCGCAGGAGUUCAAGUGGAUGGAGCAGUGCGACGACGCGUUCGCGGCGAGCUCGUCAGCACAGACGAGCAGGCUGGUGGACUUCGUCAGCAUCAAGGAGGAGAACCAUGGGACCUUCAUCGCAGACUGCGUGAAGGCGUACUACCAAGCGGACCAGACGGAGAAGGUUUGCGUGGAGCCACCUGCUGAGUAUUUGGCGAUCUUGGCGGAGAUGGGCAAGCCGACCGACAUUGUUUGGGCGCUGGACAAGAUGCUACCUGGGCAGCGUGUGGCAGGCGCUGGCUGGGUAGACAAGGCGGCGAAGACUCUGAAAGGAGAGGGCUUCGACAGGAGCGAGUGUCAGCCGCAGUUCUACUACCGCAGGGAGAAGGAGAUCCUGAUCGAGGUGCGCAUGGGCGACUUCCACGGAGAGGGUCCAACCGGCAACCUAGACGGGGUCAUCAAACGGCUGCGGGAGGUGUUCGACUUGAAGGCGACGGACGUCAUCAGGCAGGGGCGCUACUCGCACUUGAAGCGCGACAGGCUGAGGCUCAUGAACGGCAGCAUCAUGCUGAGGCCGAACGUGAAGCACAUCGACGACCUGAUCUACGUGAUGGGCAUGGAGAAGGCCAAGCCAGCGACGGUGCCAAGCUUGACUGAGGAGGGCCCGACAUGGAGCCCCGACUUGGACGAGAUUGAGAGGGCGAAGUUUCGCACGGGAGUUGGGAUCGCGCUCUACAUCUCGCCCGACAGAGCGGACAUCCAGCGGGACGUGCAGCUACUGACCAGGAACCUGAGUCAGCCGACGGAGUUUGACAGCAAGCGCUUGGUGAAGCUGGUGCGGUUUCUGAAGGGGACCAAGACGUGCGGAGUGCUCUUGGAGAAGCCAACUGGGAGCAAGCCUGGAGAGGUGAAGCUGCAGUUGUUCACGGACGCGGACUUUGCGACGUGCAAGGAGACGAGGCGCGCGAUGACUUGUGGAAUCACAAAGCUGGACGGGGUGCACUUCGCAGCGUUUGCGAGGAGGCAAGGAGUCCAGAGUACAUCCUCAGGCGAGGCGGAGUUCUACGGCGCGACCUCGGUGGUGAUGGAUGGCAAGCUGGUGAAGAACAUGCUGGAGUGGUUGGGCUACAAGGUGACCUGGGAGCUCGGGAUCGACAGCAGCGCCGCGAAGGCGAUGAUCAAUCGCGAGGGCGUCGGCAAGGUGAAGCACCCGGACGCGCGGGCGCUGUGGAUCCAGCAGGGGCGGAAGGUGCACGGACUGAUCAUCAAGAAGGAGAGCAGAACCAAGAACGUGGCCGACCUGGGAACCAAAGCGCACACCACAGAGCGGUUCGAGUACUUGCGGGAGCUCGCUGGCAUCAUCGACUGCAGCGAGAUGGAAAAGCACAAGGAACUGGAGGCAUGCUCGGUGACAACGAGCUCCUGGGCUAAGCAGGGGCUGCUGGCGACGCUACUCGCGCAAGGAGUGACCGGUGGUGCGGCGGCCUCAAGCGAAUGUGCAGUGCGAGAGCUCGACCAGCGCGCAGUUGCCCCCUGGGAGGCGACGAAGCGGCAUGACUGGAUCGAUGACCAUAUGACGAUGAUCACCCUGAGCGUGCUGAUGAUGACCUUCGCGGCAGGUGCACUGCUUGGGUGCUGGAGCCGCGAGAAGUGGACGACGAUGAGGAGCUCCAUGAAGCCGAAGCUGGUCAAGCGUACGGAUACCCCGAUUCGGAGCAAGGAGCUGAUCAACAAGGUAAGGCCUACGGACAAGCAGACGACAGCGGAGAAGGCGAGUCAAUCGCCGUGCACAUACAAGUGGAAGUACGCGACGCCGAGGUUCAUGGUGCUGCCCGAGGCGAGCCACGGGUGA